UUAAAAAUGGCGGACUUUACGUAAGCCUUUCACUUUUGUCUCGCUGACAAGCGGUACGAUUAGAACGUUUCGUAUCAAAUUUGCUUACCGAAGAAACUUCCGACUGAAUAAUGGGCGUCGUGCGGUUAGUACAUUCACUGAGGAGUAGAGAAGGCACACUGUCACGGUUUGCCGUCAAAGCCACCCUCGUAGGCGGUAUUGUUUACUAUAGUGUUCAGCAAGGCCUGUGGUCUAAGUCCGAAAAUACCGUGCAAUUGUACGGAAGGAUCUACAAUAAUGUCGCACCUUAUGUUAAGGAUAAUAUUCCUAAAGAAGUCAUAAGCGAGUUACCACCACUACCAAAUACCAAUGAUCUUUCCAACUCUGUUAAGUCAUCAUGGAAUAAAGGAAUCAUAGCAAGCACAAAAUUCCUGUCUGAGACUCCAAGCCAUGUGACCAAUGGUAUACAAAGUAUCUCCAAAACUGUGCGAGAUUAUGUAGACCAACAAAAUGCACCUCAAAAAAAUCAAUAGUAAUUCUUAAUUUGUAUUCUGCGAAUUUUAGGUGAGAUAUAAUAAUAUUAUUGAAUAUUA